CAGAGCCAGGACCACUGGGAGCCUCUGCAAGCGCAACACACAGCCGACACGCCGAGAACAAGUGCUUUUCUUAUUACUUCUAUUUCACUGAGAAGCAAGUGUGCAGGCGGGAAGCAGGGCUAUGACCCGCGAGUAGAGAGCUGUACAAGUUGAGAGUGUUAACGCAGGCGGAACUUUCUUUUAUUCUCGCAAGAUGAUUAAAGACUUGAAGAGCCUGCGACAGCUCGCCGUGCCUCUGCUCUUCAUAGCACUGUGCGUCGCGGUGCAGCGAUCCGACUCUGCGGCUUGCCAUGGAUGUGUGGGAUCCAAAUGUGACUGCAGUGGAGUAAAAGGAGGCAAGGGUGAGCGGGGUUUCCCAGGCCUCACCGGACAGCCAGGAGUCCCAGGAUUCCCUGGACCUGAGGGGCCGACCGGACCCAGAGGAGAGAAGGGUACCGAUGGACCUCAUGGAUUAUACGGUCCAAAAGGAAUAAGAGGGCCGUCUGGAUUGCCAGGAUUUCCAGGAACGCCAGGACUACCCGGUUUGCCCGGGCAGGACGGACCUCCAGGUCCGAGGGGAGUGCCGGGGUGCAAUGGGACAAAGGGUGACCUCGGUUACCCAGGAAGCUCAGGAAUCCCCGGACAGCAAGGACGGCUGGGUCCUCCUGGUCUGCCAGGACAAAAGGGCGACCCAGGUGAUGUGAUCUCCACCAAUCGUUUCGGAGAGAAAGGAGCAGUGGGAUUACCCGGAUUACCGGGAAAUACUGGAUCUUCCGGACCCCCCGGCUUGCAAGGCCCCCUCGGCCCUCCCGGACCCAGAGGUGGUGAGGGUCGUCCAGGUCCUCCAGGUCUGCCCGGACCAAAGGGAAACAUGGGGUUGAACUUCCAAGGACCCAAAGGAGAGAAGGGGGAUCAAGGUCUGCAAGGACCUCCUGGGCCUCCAGGGCAAGUUGGAGAACAGAAGAGGCCACCAGAGACUCAGAUCCAGAGAGGAGACAAGGGUGACCCCGGGUUUUCAGGUCCUGCAGGUGAUCCUGGAUAUCCAGGACCCCCUGGUCCCUCAGGUGGCCAGAGAGGAGACAAGGGAGAGCCAGGAGAAGCAGGCAAACGAGGCAAACCAGGCAAAGAUGGCGACCCCGGUUCUUCAGGCUUCCCUGGAGGCAAAGGGGAUUCAGGCCUGCCAGGUCCUCCGGGCAGGGAUGGAGAGAGAGGAUUCAAAGGUGAGACUGGAUACCCAGGCCCACCAGGAUUGGUUAUUGGCGAGCAGGCAGGGGGGCAGGUUGGCUCUAAAGGUGAGCCUGGCUACCCCGGAUCAUCUGGACACAAAGGAGAUAGAGGACCAGCAGGUUUAUCAGGACCUCCAGGAGCACCAGGACCUCCAGCUACUGGUGGUAGUGGGCAGCCCGGAUCUCCAGGCUUCCCAGGAGAGAGAGGUCAGAAGGGAGAAUCCGGCGUUCCAGGGCUGUCUUUGCCAGGUCCCCCAGGACGUUCAGGGUCCAAUGGCGGCCAGGGUCAACCGGGGCCCCCCGGACCUCCAGGCUUUUCCACAGCAAGACAAAACUGCGUUGGUGGAGAGCCCGGGCGUCCCGGCGUGCAGGGAGAGAGAGGUUACCCAGGAGAGUCUGGCCAGAAAGGUGAUAAGGGCGAGACCUGCGUCAACUGCUUCGGUGGUACCAGUGGCAUCCCAGGACCCACGGGACCUGCAGGACAACCCGGAUUCCCUGGAUCUCCUGGCGGCCAAGGUGGCAAAGGAGACAGAGGAUAUCCAGGAACACCUGGUGGUGUUGGACCCCCUGGUACCUCCGGCCCUCAAGGUUCUCCAGGAUUCCCCGGAGAGAAGGGAGACCCAGGCGAUGCCAUCACAGUCAGCGGUGGGAGGGGAGAUAAGGGUGACACCGGCUUCCCCGGGUCAUCCGGUCUUCCCGGUCUGGACGGUCGACCCGGGCGCGACGGACAGCCUGGAUCUCCUGGAGCAAAAGGAACUCCUGGCUCUCUGCUGGUGAAAGGAGAACGAGGUCUCCCCGGUGACUCGGGUUCCCCAGGUCUUCCAGGAGACAGGGGUCCUCCAGGAGGCCCUGGCUUCGGACCUCAGGGAUCUAAAGGAGAAAAAGGUAUCCAGGGAGUCUCAGGACGAUCUGGAGGUCCCGGUGCACCUGGUACUAAAGGUGAACCCGGCCUGACGGUGGCCGAGAAAGGCUUACCAGGACCCAGAGGACUGGAUGGCUCUUCAGGACAGCCCGGCUCACCAGGUAGCCCAGGUCAGCCCGGACAGAACGGUUUCCCUGGUUUACCAGGAAUGAAGGGUGAUCCUGGACUCACAGGCAUCGGACUCCCAGGAUCCCCAGGAGCUAAAGGAUUCCCAGGUAUCCCCGGUCAGUCAGGAGCUCCUGCAGGACCAGGAAGACCAGGAGUAGAUGGUCUCCCUGGCCAGCCUGGAUUCUCUGGACCUAAGGGCGAACCCGGCUUUGGCCUUCCAGGCCCCCCAGGUUUACCAGGAGUACCUGGAUCUAAAGGAUUCACCGGAACAAAGGGAGAUCCUGGCUUCCCUGGCGGCCCCGGUUCACCUGGACGAUCUGGAUUUGAUGGCUCUGUGGGAACUAAAGGUGAGGCCGGUACACCUGGUAUACCUGGAAGUCGUGGCCCACCUGGAUCCCCCACCUCCGGCUCACUGGGGCAGCCAGGCCCCCCUGGACCCUCCGGCCCAAUGGGACCCCCAGGAUUCCCUGGAUCAAACGGAGGGAAGGGAGACCCCGGCCCUCCAGGUCUAGACAUCCCAGGUCUGCCAGGAGACAGAGGAAGUCCCGGUUUCCCAGGUUCCGCAGGAUCACUCGGAACCCCAGGACCCCCUGGAGGCCCUGGGCGGGAUGGCCUGCCUGGACUGCCGGGUACGAAAGGAGACAUGGGAUCCAUGGGAACUCCAGGACCUUCUGGAGGACCAGGAGGACCCGGUGGGCCCGGUGGUUCAGGACAGAAAGGUGAAACUGGAUUCUCAGGCAGAGACGGCGUUCCCGGCGGUCCCGGUGGUAAAGGAGAGAGAGGCGACCCCGGCGUCCAGGGACCCCCAGGAAGCAGCCAGCCACCAUUGGCCACAAAGGGAACCAAAGGAGAUCCAGGACUACCAGGUGGACCAGGUCUUCCAGGUCAGAAAGGCAUCCCUGGUCUCUCCGGUGACCCCGGCCUGUCAGGAUCAGACGGACGCCCUGGACUCCCCGGACCACCAGGUCCCAAGGGAGAUUCUGGAAUCCCAGGAGGCCCAGGGGGUCCUGGAGGUUCAGGAGCUAAAGGCGGCAUGGGAGAAAUGGGAUUUCCAGGACCGUCAGGGCAGAAGGGCUUACCAGGUCAGCCAGGUAGGUCUGGAACCCCGGGACAGUCAGGAGGACCUGGUUUCCCUGGAAGCAAAGGUGAACCAGGCUCUGCAGGAGUUGGACCACCCGGAUCAUCCGGAUUUAAGGGUGAACCAGGUCAGCCAGGGUUCCCAGGAAGUUCAGGACUUAAAGGAACUCCAGGAUCACCCGGUCUCUCAGGAAUACCAGGAGGACCAGGUAUUAAAGGCGACCCCGGACUCCCAGGAUUCCAAGGUUCUCCCGGUAUCCCCGGUCCUAAGGGUCUCGACGGUGGGCCCGGUGGCCCAGGUCUCACUGGAGCUUCCGGUAGACCAGGAGAGUCUGGCAGACCAGGAGGAUCAGGAUCGCCAGGAGAGAAGGGUCAGGCAGGUCGGGACGGGAUCCCAGGACCGGCUGGAGUCAAAGGAGACCCAGGACUUCCUGGUUACGGUGGACCCGGUGCUCCUGGGCUUCCAGGGUUACCAGGCUCAAAGGGAGACCCAGGUCUCUCCGGCUCAUCUGGCAGUCCUGGUUUCCCCGGGCCUAAAGGAGAUGCUGGUUUCCCUGGCAACUCUGGUCCUUCAGGCAACAGCGGCCCUCCUGGGCCUCCAGGACUGGCUCUGCAGGGCCCCAAAGGACUCCAUGGACCCCCUGGACCACCCGGAAGAGCAGGUCCCGCAGGUCCUCCAGGUUCCUCUGGCCCCCAGGGUCCCCGUGGGCCCUCAGGAAGCGGCGGCGUGAAGGGAGACAAGGGUAUUCCCGGCGCUCCUGGCCAGCCCGGCUUCUCGGGACAGAAGGGAGAUGGUGGCACUCCCGGAUUCCCAGGUUCCUCUGGUCUUCCCGGCGGCUCUGGUCAGAAGGGAGAUAUCGGUCUGCCUGGCGUUCCUGGAUUCCCUGGACCGAAGGGAGACUCGGGACUCCCCGGUGGCAGCGGCCUCCCUGGAGAUCCUGGAGACAUUGGAGCCACUGGCCCUCCUGGUGACCCCGGUGUACCUCCCACUCCCAUCGUGGUGAAGGGAGAGCGAGGACCCUCUGGACCUCAGGGCCUGCCUGGCAGUCGAGGAGCACCUGGUUCUCCAGGACGUGAGGGACUUCCAGGUCAACCUGGGGACCCCGGGGAUUCUGGUCUGGAGGGUCCUCCUGGCUUCAGCGGCCCCGGCGGCAGGAAGGGAGACAACGGACCUGCCGGUCAGCCUGGUCAGCGUGGCUACCCCGGCCCCUCUGGUUCAGACGGUCCACAGGGUCUUCCCGGUUCUCCAGGAUCUGUGUCUGCAGCCCACGGCUUCCUCAUCACCCGACACAGCCAGGCGCACGAAGUGCCCUACUGUCCCGAGGGAACCAGCCUCAUCUACGACGGCUACUCCCUGCUGUACGUGCAGGGCAACGAGAGGGCGCAUGGACAGGACCUUGGCUCGGCCGGCAGCUGUCUGCGCAGGUUCAGCACCAUGCCUUUCAUGUUCUGCAACAUCAACAACGUCUGCAACUUCGCCUCCCGCAACGACUACUCCUACUGGCUGUCCACGCCUGAGCCCAUGCCCUCGUCCAUGGCCCCCAUCACCGGAGAGGGCAUCAAGCCUUUCAUCAGCAGGUGUUCAGUGUGUGAAGCUCCAGCCAUGGUGAUCGCAGUCCACAGUCAGACCAUCCAGAUUCCAACUUGCCCCGCAAAUUGGGAAGCUCUGUGGAUAGGAUACUCCUUCAUGAUGCACACCAGUGCAGGUGCAGAGGGCUCCGGUCAGGCCCUGGCCUCCCCCGGCUCCUGCCUGGAGGAGUUCCGCAGCGCCCCCUUCAUAGAGUGCCACGGCAGAGGGACGUGCAACUACUACGGCAACUCCUACAGCUUCUGGCUGGCCACUGUCGAACCCUCUGAGAUGUUCAGGAAGCCGCAGUCGGAGACUCUGAAGGCCGGUAACCUACGGACGCGCGUCAGCCGCUGCGUGGUCUGCAUGAAGAGGACGUAACGGCACACGGCAACGAGCAAACCCACCGUUGCCGGGGAUGCACUAUCAAUAAUCAGAUGAUGGGGGACAAGUAGGGAGGGGGGAGGGGCGGCGGUGGUCACGGUGACGGAUAGGCCGUUGCGGUGGAAUUCCAAUGGUGCGUUUGUCUUCCGGAAAAAACUUACAACUUAAAUAAUGGUGCUACUGUGCGACACAGCUUAAAAAAAAGAAAAGAAAAUACUUACGUAAAUAAAUCUUACAUUUAUUCUUUGUUUCUCUUAAGAAGUACCUCAAAGUGAAAGCAGAAAACAAUCUCCACUAAAUGGUGCCACGACGGAUGUGUGACGACUAAAGAGCAUUCUUCAUUCUUUUCCCUUCUUUCUUUUAUAAAAAAAAAAAAAAAAGAAUCACUUUUGAUGAAUUGUGAUUUUGUUUUUGGCCUUAUCGAUGAGGAGUGGAUGCUCUCCACUGUUACCAAAUCGGCACUUUGACUUCGGAACAUCCAAGAUGAGAGACGCACUGACGAUGAGCUUUCCUUAGCGAGACUGCCUUUUUUAUUACUAGCUCUUCAUUCACACUCUUUCUCUCUCUUUCUGCGUCGUCUUCCUGUCGUUAAACGUCACAUUUGGUGGUACUAACCCUGCUGUAGCCCGCCUUCUAACCAUCACACUACACCUUCUUUCUCUUACUUUUGUUUUUGUAAGUAAUAAAAUGUGUAUAUUGUGUAAAACACUUUUUUGUUUUUAGUGUAUUAGGUCCUGAAUCGGUACCAGCUGUUUGUUAUAAGACAAUUUUCCAGGUUCUUUUUAGCUCACACAAUCACGCGUUCACACACAAAUACACACACACACACUUCAUCGCUCACUGACACACAUUGACUCAGAUAUUGUACAAAGUAAGGCUUUUAUGAAUGAAACAGUAUUUUAUAUAUAAUAAAUAUAUAUUUGAAAAAAGAGGAUAAAAAGGUAUAUAAACUUUAUUCGGCUGUGGGGAGAUUGUUCACUGUUUUCAAACACAAACAAAAGGUCAGGCCGAAAAAAUUAAUCCAACUACUGAGCACAGACGGAGCCAUUUUCCCAAAACAUAACAGUCUUGUAUGAUAUUAACGAUGCCAAUCGCUUAAACAUUUUGUAUUCAAAUUGUAGAAUUGAUGAAUGUUAAACUGAAAUAAAGGGGAUUUGCUUUUAGGUAGUCUAAUGAUUGGGGAAUGUUACAGAUAUUUGGCUCCUUGAUUAGAAAACCUUGAUAUUUGUUUUGUGUUUUUUAACAUUUCCAGGUGCUGGGCUUAACUUGUAAAAAAAAAAAGAGGGCCUGAGGUUUUGGGGAAUAUUUUGCACCCAAAACCUUAAAAUCCACUUCCGCUGGCUUGAAUUUGUAUCCAAAAUCAGUAAAAGUGUUCACACUCGACGCUGUGGAAACACAAGCUGAAGUGUCUGUACAUUUGAAUCAGGUGUUAACGGUGCCUGAUGUGACGUUUCUCUCACGUCAGGUGUUCAGACUCCCGAUGUACUGAAAGUCUACAAGAGCUGUUUUAGGGGGGAAGAAUUUUGUUUCCUGUGAUUUUAUUGUUAUUUUUAUUUUUUCAAAACUGCGUUUAUGAAUUCUAAUUAUGUCAACCUGGGGGGCGAUUAAAAAUGUGUAUUUUGUUUUUUUCCUUUUGUUUUCAUGUCAUGUUAUCCAGAAGUUGUUAUAAACUUUUAAGACUGAAAUAAAUACUAUGUCCAAA